AUGGAGGACGGACCGCUGGAGAUCCUGACCAAGGACGGUGACCUCCCGGGCCCCCUGGAGGUGUCCUCGGUGCCUGCUGUGGGGGACGUGAUCUCGGGCGAGUACAACGGCGGCAUGAAGGACCUGAUGGAGCACCUGAAGGCCCAGCUGCAGGCCCUGUUUGAGGACGUGCGGGCCAUGCGGGGGGCCCUGGACGAGCAGGCCUCGCACAUCCAGGUGCUUUCCGACGACGUGUGCGCCAACCAGCGGGCCAUCGUCUCCAUGUGCCAGAUUAUGACCACCGCGCCCCGCCAGGGCCUGGGCGCGGCCAGUGGCCCCGACGGAAGCGACCGGGGCUCGCCGGGAGCUCCCGACACCCCCCCUCCCAAGGAGUGGGGCUGUGGCUCGCAGGAUCCCGGGGAGGAAGGGAAGGAGGUUCCCAGUCCGGCCACACCCACUAAUCACUGUGAGAGCCUGGAGAACCCCUGUGCUUGCCUGCUGGAGGGGGACGGGCCACUCAUGGAUGCCCACGACCUGCCUGACGUAGCCCUGCUACAUCUGGAGGGGGAGAACUCAAUGUAAGGAGGCUCCAGCGGGGGGCAGUAGCUCCGAGGCACGGUUUUGGGUUUUUGGUGCAUGAUGAUGAGGGAACUGGACAACUCGGUGCAGCAUGCUUCACUUGGGUGUCUGCUGUGGGAUGCUAGGCAGAGACUCCUCUAAAGAGGAACCUGUGAUGAACGGGAUCAUCAUGGAUUCUUCCUGCCUAACAGACAGAAUGACUGGCAAAGAGGCUAACAGGGAAAGGUGAAAUGCAAGGGAGAGGAAACCAUUGGGCAUCUCUGGACUCCCGUCCAUACUAACCCUGCCCUUGCCCCCCGCCAAUACAAGAGCCCCUGAAUUGUGUAAAUAAAAUUCUGCUUUUCAUAUUCUGAAGAUGUACUCCUUAGGACUGAGGCAAAUUAGAUCCCUAGAGAUGUAUAUAGAAAUUAAGGAAUUGGGGCUUUUGUUUUGGCAGCAAGAAACACCCCUCUGCUGAAACCCACUGACAGUGCUGCUGCCAAAGCCCCUUACCCCAGUACAGAGAUCUCUACACCUUCUUGUUGGUUAAGGAAGCUUGAGGAAUGAACUGCAUGCAGCCCAGGGAGUGUGAAUGAAGGGGGUUCCAAAGGCAUCUGGGCUAAAAGGCAAUGGCUCUCAAUGUGCAUGAAGAUUUGUUAGCUCAACUUUUAGGAUAUUGCAUGCUGAGAAGAUCCUGCUUUGUUAUGACUUCUCCUGGGAUUGCAUAUCAUUGGGGUUUUAGGAACAAGGACCCCAGAUCCCAGGCAGAGACUUGGGAACUCGGAGACACAGGGAUGCUCAGCAACAGCAGUCUUGGGGUGCUCCUGGGGGCUCUUGGGUACCACAGCCAAGAUCUGUCUCUCCUGGCCAGAUUUGCUUAACUCCAGUUCCUUUCCUUGCCAAAAUUUCCCCUCUUGUAGCCAGCCACUCUGUGUUGCCUCCAUGAUGUCCCGUGUUAUGUUAUAUGUGACCACUGUGUUGUAGUGUGUGAGCCCCGAGGGACAGAGUUUGUGGUUCACAUGUCUGGUUCAGAGGGUUUGAGACCCCUUUGUGAGCCCCACACUAUCAUGACGCUUCCCCCCAACCCCUUCAGGGCAUGGAGCAUGUGGUUGUCCUGGGGUUCUGUAAAUGAUGUGCUGCUUUCCUUCCCCUUACAAGUAGUGACUCUGUGUGCCCUAUCCCCUGCUCCUGUGUACCCUUUUUUCUUAGUGCUUUCCUCAAUGUUGACCUUAAUAAUAAAGAGGCGUCA